AUGAAAAGACAACAUAGUACCCUGCCCGGCCUACGAGCCGCGGCAGUCGCUCUUCUUGCCGCUCGAAAUGUAAAAGCUGCCGAGAGAGUCUUCUGCGCCGACGCAGAAAACAUCGUGGUUCACCACAUGAGCUGCGAUGACGCCCCCGGCGGCACCUUCUUCUUGUUCGCCAGUGAGGAGGAACAUGCGAUCGGCAGCGCCGUCGACCCAAAGGCCGUCGAUCUAUACGACAGUGCUAAUUUUAUCGACCGCAAGUACGCCAAAGAGCAGCGUGAGCUACGAGAACGAGACUUGGAGUCAAGAGGUUUUGGGAGCAUGACGCCGCGGGGAUGCGGUAGCUAG